UCCAGCUCCAGCGCAGAGGAUAGCACCAGGUAGUUGGAAAGAGACCGGAGACAAGUGUGGGAAGCCGUGGAGGACAUAAGCUUUUCCCCCGGGUCUUUCAGCUAAGUAGCACCUCUGAGAUGAUGAGUUACUAUAUGGACACAACCAUCGGCAACGCAGCCCCUUAUCCUUUGGCUCGCCCUGGAGUGAUGAAGCCAGGCGCCGCCGGCCCCUGCGAGGAUCCCUGGGUGACCUGCGGCUUCCAGGCCGCCUGCUGCCAGCCCAGGACGUGCUGCCCGCUCUGGGACGAGCCUGCCACGCAAGAAGUGCCCACCGGCCUGGAGCACUACAGCACGGAUAUGGAAUGUGCGGACGUGCCUUUAUUAACUCCCAGCAGCAAAGAAAUGAUGUCUCAGGCAUUGAAAGCCACCUUCAGCGGCUUCGCGAAAGAGCAACAGCGGCUGGGAAUCCCCAAAGAUCCCCAGCAGUGGACGGAGACGCACGUGCGGGACUGGGUGAUGUGGGCGGUGAACGAGUUUAGCCUGAAGGGAGUGGAUUUCCAGAAGUUUUGCAUGAACGGAGCUGCCCUCUGCGCCCUGGGCAAGGAGUGCUUCCUGGAGCUAGCGCCUGACUUUGUGGGAGAUAUCCUUUGGGAACAUCUGGAGAUCUUGCAGAAAGAAGAGGUAAAACCGUACCCAGCAAACGGAGUGAAUACAACAUAUCCAGAAUCCCGCUAUACUUCAGACUACUUCAUUAGUUAUGGCAUCGAGCAUGCGCAGUGCGUGCCUCCCUCUGAGUUCUCGGAGCCCAGCUUCAUCACAGAGUCCUACCAGACCCUCCAUCCCAUCAGCUCGGAAGAGCUCCUGUCUCUCAAGUACGAGAACGACUAUCCCUCGGUCAUCCUGCGUGACCCAGUCCAGACGGACUCCCUGCAGACAGACUACUUCACGAUCAAGCAAGAAGUAGUAACGCCAGAUAACAUGUGCAUGGGACGUGCCAGUCGAGGUAAACUGGGUGGCCAGGACUCCUUCGAGAGCAUAGAGAGCUACGAUAGCUGCGACCGGCUGACGCAGUCCUGGAGCAGCCAGUCCUCCUUCCAGAGCCUGCAGCGCGUCCCCUCCUAUGACAGCUUCGACUCGGAGGACUACCCCGCCGCCCUGCCCAACCACAAGCCCAAGGGCACCUUCAAGGACUAUGUUCGAGAUCGGGCCGAUAUGAACAAGGACAAGCCUGUCAUUCCUGCUGCUGCCCUUGCUGGCUACACAGGCAGUGGACCCAUCCAACUGUGGCAAUUCCUGCUGGAACUGCUCACUGACAAGUCCUGUCAGUCCUUCAUCAGCUGGACGGGCGAUGGCUGGGAAUUCAAGCUUUCCGACCCAGACGAGGUGGCCAGGCGAUGGGGCAAGAGGAAAAACAAACCCAAGAUGAACUACGAGAAGCUGAGCCGCGGCUUGCGCUACUACUACGACAAGAACAUCAUCCACAAGACGGCCGGGAAACGCUACGUCUACCGUUUCGUCUGCGACCUGCAGAGCCUGCUGGGCUACACGCCCGAGGAGCUCCACGCCAUGCUGGACGUCAAGCCGGAUGCCGAUGAGUGAAGACGGAUGGCCGGGGCGGAGGAUCACCCCGUGUCAUUGUGGAGAGUCGAUGGGACUUUUUCUGUUGGUUCUUUGGUUUGGUUUUUUUUUUUUUAAAUUUUUGCUGUUAUUUUUGUUGUUCGUUUUUUUUUUUAAUUUUUUUUUUUUUUUAAAGAAAAAGAGCAACUCAGAUAUGAUGCUUUGAGGGUGUUGGGUGGUGGAAGAGGCAAACUUUUGGCCGAAACCUAAAAAGUUUGGUUGAGAAAAGGAUGGGCUUUUUUUUUUUUUUCUGAGAAAUUCUGAGUUUUAAGAAAGCCAGAAAAAUGUAGCUCACUUAAAAAAAACCAACAACAACCCCCUCCCCAUCCCUUGCUGUUUAGAAAGAAUAUUAUCCAAUGGAUCCCUUUGGGUUUUGUGUUAUUCGCACACAAACUGACAGGUCAGGAAACGACAGUGUUCCCGAGGA